AUGGUCGAGAAGCGACACUUUUACUUGUCCGACGAAAUGUUGAGGGAAAGCCCGUCCAUCACGGCGUACAGCUCCCCUUCCCUCACCCGCCGGCAGGAGCUCGCGGAUGUGGGUGUACCCGAGCUCGGCGUGGAGGCGGCACGCAAGGCCAUGAGUGACUGGGGCAAGCAGGCCUCCGACAUCACGCAUCUCGUGGCCAGCACGUCAAGCAGCGGCUGCAUGCCUGGCGCGGACUGUGAACUCGCCAGGCUCCUCGGCCUCAGGCCAUCGACCAAGCGCCUCAUGCUGUACCAGACCGGCUGCCACAGUGGCUGCACCGCCCUGCGCCUUUCCAAGGACCUUGCGGAGAACAACCCCGGCGCACGGGUGCUUGUGGUAUGCGCCGAGGUGUGCACCCUGUCGCUUCGAGGCCCCUCGGCGUCCCACAUGGGGAACCUCAUCGGCCAGGCCAUCUUGGGUGACGCCAACGGUGCUCUUGUGGUGGGCUGCAACCCCACCGCUGAAGAGCACGCCAUGUUUGAGCUUGUGUCAGCAUGCCAAGAGACCGUGCCGGGGACGGAGGAGGCCCUGGUGUCCAAGCUCCGGGAGGAAGGGAUAGUGUACACCCUGGACCGAGACAUACCCCGGCAUGUGUCCGGUUCCGUGGAGUGGUUGGUGGAGCUUGUGUUGCAGGAAGCCACGGUGUCCGUUCCAGACUUGAACGAGGAGGUCUUCUGGGUGGUGCAUCCAGGGGGACGGGGCAUACUUGACAGGAUUGAGAGCAAACUAGGGCUCGGGGAGAAGAAGCUGGCGGCGUCAAGGGCCGUGAUGAGGCAAUAUGGCAACACAAGGUGUUCCUCUGUCAUCCUAGUUUUGGAAAAGAUGCGGCGGAUGUCGGAGUAG